AAGAGACAUUAUUGUAAUUUUCCAUAUUUAAAAACAAAAUUUCCGAGGGAAAGAAAGAGUAACUUGGCCUGGGAUGAGCCACAACCUCAAGGCUUCACUUCCACCACUCAAAUCAAACCCCUAAUUCAUAAACAACAUUUACUCUUUCUUCUCCAUUCUCCAGAUCCAAUCCAAUCCAAUGUCGUCUUCCUAUGCUACGGUGCCCCCGCCGCAUCAUCGACUCCGAACCGAGAACAAGUUCAGUCCCGCCAUCAAAGUUCAUCCUUACAGAAAUAGGUGUGGUUUGAGUAGGAGAGAUUUUGCUUCCAAAGGAAUUGUUGCUGCUGGAGCUUCUGUGAUGCCCUCUACUUUGGUAUCUCAACCUGCACAAGGUUUAGAGAGAUUACCUUUCAAGAAAGAUGGAUAUAAGUUUUGGACAUGGAGAGGUCACAAAAUUCAUUAUGUUGAAGAAGGCGAAGGCUUUCCGAUCGUUCUUAUUCAUGGUUUUGGUGCUUCAGCUUUCCACUGGAGGUACAAUAUACCUGAACUGGCUAAAAAGUACAAGGUGUAUGCUGUGGACUUACUUGGGUUCGGUUGGAGUGAGAAGGCACUCAUUGACUAUGAUGCAUUGGUGUGGAGAGACCAAGUUGCCGAUUUCUUGAAAGAGAUUGUGAAAGAACCGACAAUAUUGGUCGGGAACAGUCUUGGUGGAUUUACCGCUUUGGUGGCAGCAGAAGCAAUGCCGCAGCAAGUUGUUGGCAUUGCGUUACUAAACUCUGCAGGACAAUUUGGAAGCCCGGACGAUUCAACCAUCGAAACUGAAGAAUCCACUUUGCAGAAAGUUAUCCUAAAGCCACUCAAGGAAAUUUUCCAGCGGGUAGCUCUUGGAUUCUUGUUUUGGCAAGCGAAGCAACCUGCUCGUGUAGAAUCCGUAUUGAAGAGUGUUUAUAAAAAUACUUCAAACGUUGACGAUUAUCUCAUUCAAUCAAUCACCAAGCCAGCAGACGAUCCAAACGCUGGCGAAGUCUAUUACAGAUUAAUGACACGGUUCAUGUCAAAUCAAAGAAAAUACACACUCGACAGUGUACUAAGCAAACUGUCGUGCCCAUUAUUGUUAGUCUGGGGAGACUUAGACCCGUGGGUGGGCCCUGCAAAAGCGAACCGCAUCAAAGAGUUCUACCCGAACACAACAGUUGUAAACCUGCAGGCGGGGCAUUGCCCGCAUGAUGAAGUCCCCGAGUUGGUCAACAAGGCAUUGGUGGAUUGGUUAUCAACUCUACCAUCUACAUACUCGGCUUCACAAACCGUAUAAACAUUUAUUUGCUUAAAGUUGUAAGUAUACUGUAUAUAUACGGUUGUCAUCGACCAAUUUUAGCCUCUCAGGACAGAAAAAUGUAUUCGAGGUGUAAGGAUGAAAUCGUCUAAUUAAAAUUGUUUCUUAUGUAGAAAUCAGUCAUAUUUUGUUGCUAUGCAGAAGCCUUUUGAAUUUUGAUUA